AUGGUUCAUUCUCGCUUUUUGUCAAAAUGUUACUUAGACAUAAAUCAUAUAACACGACAUAAUAAUGAAAGCGACAUCGUUGGGUACUACUCAAACAGCGACAUAGAGGAAUUCAAGCAAACCUCACUAUGUUCAGCAGACCCAAGAAUGAAAGGUAAUGCAAAGCAAGUAUCUAAGUUAACGGAAGCCGCUUUGCGAGAAAACUUAGCUAAACUUAAUUCUUUCUCCGAAAAGCGGCGCUGGGUCGUCGAAUCAACACCCUUAGAGAAUGGUAAAGUAAAGACUUUUUUGAGAGCUGAUUAUAAGUUCAAAACAUUUGCAAGGACAUGGACCUUCCUAAAUCUUGUAGCACAGAAAGCAGAUGAAAUGAAGCAUCAUCCGACGAUCAUGACGACAUAUAAUAAGGUUAGGUUGGAACUUACUACACAUGAUUCAGGCAAUGAAGUCACUCUCAAGGAUUUAAAGCUAGCCAACGAGAUAGUUACUGAAUUUAACAAACCUUCUGACUCUGCCAAAAGAGCCACAAAAGGGAUUACGACAGAAGAUCUCAAGAAGAUUCUAUCACUUUCCCAAGCCAGGCACUUAGUGGAUCAAUUAGUCUCGGCUAGUAGAGUCGAUAAUCAGCAAUUGAGCCAUAAUACAAACUCUACUACUGAACCAAAUUCUAAUUCCAAUUCGAAUCACAAUUUCAACAAUUAG